GUCCAUCCCCAAAAAAUGUCUUCAGGAGCGAUGAUGAGCAGCGGCUGCUCGACCCCGUGCGAGGUGUCCUGUCCCCAGCCCUACGCCGACGUCCAGAGCCAGCCCUGUGUCACCUCCUGCGGGGACUCGCGGGCCGUGGUCUACCCUCCUCCCGUGGUCAUCACCUUCCCGGGGCCCAUCCUCAGCUCCUGCCCCCAGGAGAGCAUCGUGGGCACCUCCUUCCCAUCGGGGGCCAUGGGAUCUUCGGGAUCCGGGGGCGCCAUUGGGGGGUCCUACGGAGGGGGCAGCGGCUCUAUGGGGGGAAUUGGGGGAUCCUACGGAGGCGGUUCCAUGGGGGGCUCCUAUGGAGGCAGCAGCUCCAUGGGGGGAAUUGGGGGCUCCUAUGGUGGAGGGGGUUCCUAUGGAGGGGGCAGCUCCAGCUCCGGGAGGUUUGGAGGAGGAAACUGCGGCUUCUUUUAUUUCUGA